AUGGAACCCCCACAAGGACCAAGCCCUAGGCUCAGCACAAUCGCAGUACACAAAGAAACCCCAGAUCUUCAACCCUUCGAACAAGACUUACCCAACAAUGUUACUCGAUCAGAUCACGUCUUUCAAUCAACUAGUGCUUUAGAAAUCUUGAGAGAAACAGUAAGGAUUCUAAGGUAUAAUCUCAGUGGGUUCAUGGUAAUUGGGGCGUUACUAAUCUGUCCUGUUUCAGCUGUUCUUUUAUCAAAUGUCUUAGUCGAUCCAUCCAUCGUCAAAAGACUUGCUAUCAGAUUCUUGUUAGUUUCAAAAUCAAGUGGCCUUCCUCUAAGACCUUUCGUCGAACACUCUUGCCAAAAAUUCUCGGAAAUGGCCAUCUCAACCACAAUGUGUUUCCCUUUAUACGUCACAUUGUUAUUGAUUUCAAAAGCGGCUGUUGUCUACUCUGUCGAUUGCACUUACUCACGAAAAAUGUUCGAUUCCUCCAAAUUCUAUCUCAUCUUACGGAAGAUCUGGAAACGAAUCGUCUCCACAUACUUGUUAGUAUGCACUGUAAUAGUCGGCUGCUUAACUUCAUUUCUCGUUCUACUCAUUGGCGUCAGCAGCUUACUCUCUGUAAUCGGAUUCUCCCCAAAUCUAAUCGCCUACUCUGCUAUCAUAUUCGGGUUAUUUUUCUCAGUGUUCUUCGCAAACGCCAUCAUCAUUUGCGAUCUUUCCAUGGUGAUUUCAGUAUUGGAAGACAUUUCAGGGUCUGAAGCGAUACUAAGAUCUACUGUUCUAAUCAGGGGUCAAACUCAAGUUGGAUUGAUGAUAUUUCUUGGAUCCACAAUCGGAAUGGCUUUUAUUGAGGGAUUAUUUGAGCAUCGUGUGAAAACUUUAAGCUAUGGAGAUGGGUCUUCGAGGAUAUGGGAAGGACCACUUUUAGUUAUCAUGUAUAGUUUUGUGGUGCUCAUUAAUUUUAUGAUGAGUACUGUUUUCUACUUCAGUUGCAAGUCUUACAGUUUGGAAAAUGGUUCAAGUGUAGAAUGUCAAUCGGUUUUAGAGGCAUUGACUGUUUCACCUGUAGGUGGGGUUGAUCAAUAG